UUGUACUAUCCAGACGAAAAAAACAGAACUGUGACUGAGAGGCUGCUCCCUUCGUCUCAUCACUCAAUGGACAACAUGGAAGAGACAUUUACAGCUUAUAUGACCACAGGAACUGUUUCUAUUGGAACUCAUCAUGGAACUGAUGACUACUCAGACGACUACGGUUCAGACCCGACUGAAAACUCAGGCAUGUGUGACAGAAGCUGGGUCAGGGAUUUCCGUGGGCAGUACGAACCACCUCUCUUCUGGAUCAUCUUCCUCCUUGGCGCCGUGGGUAACCUGAUGGUGGUUUGGAUCUACACCACUGUGCGCAACCGUCUGAAAACCAUGACCGACGUGUACCUGCUGAACCUGGCUGUGGCUGACCUCCUCUUCCUGUGCAUGCUGCCCUUCUGGGCUGUCGAUGCCAUCAAGGGCUGGGACUUUGGCAUCGUUCUCUGCAAAAUGAUGUCAGCGGUCUAUAAAAUCAACUUCUUCAGCAGCAUGCUCCUGCUCACCUGCAUCAGCGUGGACCGCUACAUUGCUAUUGUACAAGUCAUCAAGGCCCAGAACCUGAAGAAAAAGAGGCUGUUCUACAGCAAACUUGCCUGCCUGGUUGUCUGGAUUGUCUCCACUCUCCUGGCCCUCCCUGAGUUCAUCUUCGCCCAGGUGAAGACGGACCGAAACGGGCAAUCCCUCUGUACUCUGGUUUACUGGAACAACGCGUACAACCGCACGAAGAUCCUGGUGCUGUCCCUGCAGAUCUGCGUGGGCUUCUUCCUUCCUCUACUAGUUAUGUUGUUUUGUUACUCAGUCAUCAUUCGCACUCUUCUGCAGGCCAAGAGCUUUGAAAAGCACAAGGCCCUACGCGUCAUCUUUGCUGUGGUGUUUGUGUUUGUUCUCUCUCAGCUGCCUCACAAUAGUCUGCUGAUAAUGGAGGCCAUGCAGGCAGCUAAUACUACUAUCACCAAUUGUGACAUUAUAACUCGGUCCGAUGUAGCUGGACAGAUCGCCAAGAGCCUGGCGUAUACUCACGCCUGCCUGAACCCAUUCCUGUACGUCUUCAUAGGAGUGCGGUUCAGACAAGACCUCCUGAGGAUUGUGAAGAUGUGUGCUGGCUGUCCGGGCAAAGGAGGGCUCAGUAAAUUACAGGCAGUUCCCAAACGUCCCUCUGUCAUGUCAGACACCGAUACUACCCCUGCCCUUUCCAUAUAAAAAGGCAGAUUUUCCUAAAAUCCUAAACCUGAGCCUAGUUCAACAUGAUCAUAUCUACUUUUCUUCAUAAGCAUUAAUUGCUACUAACAGAGCAACGAUAAAAUGUACAACUUUGAAAGAAAAAUACUCUUUGGAGUUUACACUCAUAUUCUGAUGGUCACAAUUACAAUUGUUCUGGAGUCACUGUAUAAACUGUAUAUUCGUGUAAAUACAUUUUUUUUAAGUGUUUGUAUUCUUACAUUCUUUUCAUCAUGUAUUUGUCGUGUGCUGCUGUAACUGAAUACAAAAUAAAUCAAUUGUAAUUUAGAUUUUCACAUAAAAAACAUCAAUUAAAAAAUGACA